AUGUCUCCUAAUGUUUAUAAACAAUCAAACGAGCUACUACUCUUAGUUGUUGGCUAUGGUUCAUUGAAACGUCUGAACAUUUUCAAACAAUUACAUCAACUCAUUCAACAACAACGUCAAACAAUAACUUUACUUUGUUUACAUGAAGAAAUUGCCACGUGGUUAUAUCCGUCAUUGAUUCAACACUGGAUCGUGGUACCUCAUUUUCAAUCAACAACACCGUAUGAAUCUGUUUCGGCUAUUCAAAAGUAUUUGUCUGAAUAUUUUCCACAUCAUAAAGAACAACCCAAUGCUAUUCUAACAUUCGAUGAAGAUUGUGUUGUGUUGACUAAUUUUCUCUCAUUUCAUUAUCAUUUACCAACAACAUGUUCAACAAUGGAACAAAUUAUGAAUGUUAAAGAUAAAUAUAAAUUGAGACAAUAUUGUCAACAAUGGAAUGAACAGCAUUCUCCAGUUGAAUCCAUUCCUGUACCAUUUUUCACACAAACCCAGUCAACAAGUCGUGAAACACAACAACAAUUUAAAAUGCAUCCACAUUUAAGAAAUAAUCCCAAUCGGAAAUUUAUUAUGAAACCAAGAGUAGGUGCUGGCAAAUGUUUUAUCUCAAAAAUCAAUUCAUUGACAGAAUGGGAUCUCAUUUUUUCAACUGCUACCAGUUCAAUGAAAAAGAACUUAUUUAUCGAAGAAUAUUUUGAUGGUAAUGAAAUUGAUGUGGAUCUUAUUUUACAACACGGCGAAAUUAAAUUUUUGUCUAUUAGUGAUAAUAACUGUCCAUUGAAUGAUACAUUCAUGCAAGAAACAGGUUCAUGUAUACCAAGUCGUCUCCCUCUGGAUAUUCAAUAUAGAACAUUAGAAAUCGUGAAACAUUUAAUUAAAUGUUUUGAUCUUCAAAAUGGUUGUCUUCAUUUAGAGGCCAAAUGCAGUAAAGAACUGACUAUGCCAAUUGAAAUAAAUAUGCGGCUUGGAGGUGCUGAAACAUGUGUAAUGGUUCAACAAUGUUAUCGAAUUAAUUUAAUUGAACUGAUAUUAAAUGUAGCACUUCAAAUACCAAUUACUGGUAAUAGCUGUGACGAUAUUGGAGAUAUGAUUGUUCGUCCAUUUGAUCAAUAUCUAGCCAGUAUAAAUUUUCAUUCAUUAGAAAAUGGUUUGGUUAAAUCAAUUGACGUUGAUAAAUCAUUGUAUCAAGAGAAACGAAUGAAAGAAUUAGUUAUAUUUAAACAGGGUGGGGAUACCAUCACGGUACCACCCAUGGGCUUUGAUUCGUGUUAUGGAUGGUUGGUCGUAUCUAGUAACGAAAGUCAAGAUGAUGCUGAAAAUUAUUUAGAAAUAUUAGCACCGAAAAUUCGAUUACAUUUGGAAAAUUUAUGA